AUGUCUGGUAAACCAGAUGAGAAAAGCGAAAUGAUGAUUGAAGACAAACAAGAAAUCAAAGGGAAAAAGUCAUCUGUUUUCAAAGAGUCGAAUCGUGUUCCUCAUUCUUGUUGUCAUCGCAUUCGUGGUUCUAAUCAUAGGGAUAGUGCUGAGAGCUCUUUCCUUCAAAAAGAAAGACUGCAUUGUCAGAAUGAUGACGGAGAGGAAAAGCAACAGGCUCAGGUAUCUUGUGAGCAGACCUUAUCAUCCUUUUGCGAAUACUCCGAGGAAGCCAAAAGGAUCGGGCUGCACGACAUUUUGCUUCGUGCGAAAAAGGGCUAUUACGAGUACAACCCUUUCUUGUUGACAAGUGAUCCAGAUGCUACUCGAGAUGAGAUCAAGGAGAAGUACAUAGCCUACAACCAAACGCCAGAACACAUAAGUGACCGACGCUGCGCGGAAGCUUCUGAAAGAGGUCAACGAAGCAGAAGUAGACGCUAA